AUGGGCUGGGAUCAACGUCGCCUUAUAUCGGUUACUAUUGAGGACGAGGAGAUCGAAUCAGCAGAACCGGCGAUUGGAUAUCCCUGGAAGCACGUAGACGAUCUUGCACCAGACUUUUUCAAGAUCCGGGUUUCAAAACAGGAGGAACUUGAUAGACUUGAACUACUGGUAGACCUCGCCAGAUACCCGAAGCCUCCGGAGUCAAGGAAGAAGGACCUUACUAGAGCACAGCUUAUAUGUUUACCGAAAUAUCCGCAUAUAGUGCUCUUUGACAGGCUCGUCGUGGAUGAGAUCGAGGUGUGGUGUGUUGGGUUCACCACUGCAUUAUCCCCGCUAAUUGCAGUUAUUUAUGAGCCUAUCUUGAGUCUCGGUAUUUCUCAUCAAAAUGUGGCCCCUCGCAAUCUCCUCAUCAGCGACACCACGGAUUCCUUGACGAUCUUCGACUCCAACUUUUCGGUUCGAAUCGGUGAGAUAGGAUACAGUGAGGCCCGGAUUGAUAUCAAAGGGGUCAUGUUCACUAUGUACCAGAUCAUUACUCAACCAUCGCCAUCAGAAGUUGUACUCAACUACUCAAGCAGACUGGUGACGCACCUAAAAGUGCUGUGGAGCGUGGAGAGAAGGAGGACUCUGGAACAAGGCAAGACUGUCUUGAACUGGCAACGGCCUGCCCAAGCCAGCUAUUUCCAGCUCUACCAACCUAGGUAG